CCACAUGGCCAACCCCUCGUGAAUAUGCCGCUGUGUGUGUGGUUUUUGUUUUUUAAUUUGGAAGUUAUUGUGUUCUUGAGAAAUCCUACAUCGAAUUACAGCCAUUACAGAACAAAAUAAGAGGAGGAUGUGAAAGUAUCAUCAGCCUGUGUGUUAAUAUUAGUACACAGAAGUAGGAGACGACAUCAAAAAAAUAAAAAAAAAAUGUCCAUGCCUUUGACAUUGUCACUUUCAGCUUAGAUUUCAGCCAAGUAAAUAUAGACCAGAUCAGUUUUGCUAUUUUUAUGAAUCUUUUAAUUAGAUUUCAGCUUUUCUGUUACUAUACAAUUGCUGGAAGGGUAUGAUUUGUCUUUCUGGAACAGCCUUCUUCUUCUACAUAUCUCCUUAAUAGGGGCAAAUUAAAGUUUGAAAAGGUAGCUCUCUCCCUUUCUCUCUUCUUUCCUUGAAUACAUCAUAGACUCCUCAAUUCUGCCGGAGGAGAUAUGAUCAGAAGAUGUAUUACAAGCAAUGUAGGACGGUGAAAUGCAAUAACCUUUGGUCAGUUUAAUAUGGAGAAGAUGGGUCCUAUAUUGAUGAAUAGAUAUGAGUUAGGGAGAUUGCUCGGACAAGGGACUUUCGCCAAGGUUUACCAUGCAAGAAAUCUCCAAUCUGGGCAAAGCGUUGCCAUCAAGAUUAUUGACAAAGGAAAGGUAUUAAGGAGUGGUUUGAUAGAUCAAAUCAAGAGAGAAAUCUCGGUCAUGCGUCUUGUUAGGCACCCCAAUAUUGUUCAACUCAAUGAGGUCAUGGCAAGCAGGACCAAGAUCUAUUUCGUCAUGGAGUUUGUGAAAGGAGGAGAGCUAUUCAACUUGGUUUCCAAAGGGAAACUCAAGGAAGACGUUGCUCGCAAAUAUUUCCAACAGUUGAUUGGUGCGGUUGAUUUUUGUCAUAGCCGAGGGGUCUACCAUCGGGAUCUCAAGCCUGAAAAUCUUCUCCUUGAUGAAAAUGGUGACCUAAAGAUUACGGAUUUCGGAUUGAGUGCGUUAUCGGAGUCGAGGAGGCAUGAUGGUCUUCUCCACACAACCUGUGGAACUCCUGCAUAUGUUGCUCCAGAAGUCAUUAACAAGAAAGGUUAUGAUGGACCCAAGGCUGAUAUAUGGUCCUGUGGAGUUAUUCUCUUCGUGCUUUUGGCGGGUUUUCUUCCUUUCCAUGACCAAAACCUCAUGGAAUUGUACAGGAAGAUUACCAAAGGAGAAUUCAGGUGUCCCAAUUGGUUCCAUCCCGAGGCUAAGAAGCUUCUUUCGAGGAUUCUUGAUCCCCAUCCAAGCUCAAGAACGAGCAUAGAGAAGAUAACGAAAAAUUGUUGGUUUAGGAAGGGAUAUAAGCAGAUUGAAACCCCGCCAUCACCCCAAGGUCACGCCAGAAGCAACUUGAUUAAGGAUGUGCAUUCUGCCUUCGAUUCAGCAUCGGAUAACGAAAGCAAUUCAAGGGAAAAUGUCAUGGUGGCUCCAAGAAGUCCUCUAAGACCAACUUGCUACAAUGCCUUUGACAUCAUAUCUCUCUCAAAAGGAUUUGAUUUAUCUGGCCUCUUUGAGAAGGAUAAGAAUCAAAGACAGGAAGCGAGAUUUACUACAACAAAAUCGGCCUCGAUGAUCAUGUCGAAAUUCGAACAAAUAGCAAUGGCAGAGAGUUUCAGUUUUAAGAAGAAAGAUGGAACACUAAUGUUGGAGGGCAGCAGGGAAGGAAGAAAAGGGUUGCUUGCUAUAGAUGCAGAAAUCUGUGAGGUUACGCCAUCAUUUUAUGUUGUAGAGAUGAAGAAAAAAUCAGGGGAUUCAUUUGAAUACAAGGAGUUUUGUGAUCACGAAUUAAAGCCUUCUCUCAAGGAUAUAGUUUGGGCAUGGCAGGGAAGUGAGCAGCCGCAAGGGUAGAAGUACUGGUGCUCUUCUAUUGUUUCUUUCCAUCUAAAAAAUGUAUCUCCUACUUGAAUUAAUUCUUUGCCUUUUAUUUCAGUUUUUAUUCCUUUUAUCUUUUGUUAAUUUGUAAUGGGAAAAGCCAUUUGUAUAUGUAAACUGAGUUCAUAAA